UUUCGACAAAUUCACAAAGCAAACAUACAACACAAUCAAAUAUAUACACUUUUUUUAAAAACAUAUUUACCCGAACUAUGUCUGCAAAGGAUUUAACAUUUGGCACACAAUGAAGUUAAAAAUGAAAUGCAAAUUAGAUUAUUCGAAGGAAAUACGUUGGGAGCGAAAUUUUCUAAAGAAAAAGUGCAAGGAGGUGGGUCUAGAAAAAGAGUUUACUGCAUACCAGAUGCGUCUAAGCGCCAACUACGUCGGUGUCUUUGUGCUGCUUCACCUGGCUUUCACGAUACUCCACUGCGUUAUGUUACUGACAACGUGCGAGGACAGGGAUAAAAUUUAUAUAGAUGUCGGCUGCUAUACGCUGUCUACCGUGCUCGUCACUCUAGUCCUGUGGCCCAGCGCCAACCCAAUAUGUAUGCCGAAACUUAGAUAUAAAAUGUAUUUGACCUCGGUGCUUGCUGUGGUAUUUAUGGUUAUAACUGAUCUAUUGCUUAACAUUUACCAUUACUACAUGGACGACUGGAUUAUAGGAAGCUUUUUUGACACAUAUACUCUCUUUACGAUCUAUAUGUUUCUUCCGAUUCCGUAUAUUUUGCCGCCGCUAUUGCUUGGAAUUUCGGUGUCCGUCAUUUACACAUCCUAUUUUGUUUUAUAUUUAGCUUCUAAGCACCGAUAUGAGAUAUCGAACGUGACGCACCUUAACUAUAUGUCGGUGGAAAUUUCGCAUCAUUUCUGUGUAAAUUUGUAUGGUGCGUUUUUUCGCAUAAUGCGCGAGAUAAUCGUGCGCUCCUCGUUCCUUGAUCGACAUCAGUAUGUGAUGGAGGACAUUUGGCUGAGGAGCGCACGAGAGCAGGAAAAAGUGUUUCUGCAUAGUAUAUUGCCGCCGCAAAUAUCACAACCGAUUCAAGAUGAUAUUCGCAAUCGGAUUAAGUUCUCUGAAAAGCAUCGCAUUACACCUAUCAACAUCAGAAGAGAUCGCAUUAUGGCCAUUCAGAUUCAUCCCGAUGUCAGUAUUCUGUAUGCAGAUAUAGUCAACUACACCUAUCUGACCACAACUCUAACGGUUAAGAAGCUAAUUUCCCUACUCCACGAAUUGUAUGCCAGAUUCGAUCUGGCCGCCUCUCGUUACACGGUUCAACGCAUCAAAUUCUUGGGCGACUGCUACUAUUGUGUGGCGGGUCUGACAAGACCAGAUCCCGACCAUGCCAAAUGCUGUCUCGAUUUUGGGCUCUGUAUGAUCGAUAACAUUCGCGAAGUGCGAGCCAAGGAAAAUCUGGACAUAGACAUACGCGUUGGUGUCCAUUCAGGAGCUCUGUGUGCUGGCGUCCUUGGGGCAGCAAAGUUGCAAUAUGACAUUUGGGGCUCGGAUGUGGUUAUUGCCAAUCGAUUAGAGGGAACCGGAGUGCCCGGUCAUAUUCAUACUAGCGAAAGAACUCUCCAAAUGAUUAUAGAGCCUAUAUAUGAGGUGAAACCCGGUACCGAAAAGGCCCGUAAUGACCCCUUCCUUCAAAAGCACAACGUUAUCACAUAUCUCAUUCCCCCCAAUGUAAGAACAAGGACCAUAACCAAUCUGGAUAUUGAACACAUCAAAAUAAUUGACUCUGAAACUAACCUGAAGCAGCAAUCUUCGAUUGGACUAGAGUUGCGUGAAGAGUUUAAAAAGAUGCCGGUCGGUCCCAUAAGCCUUAAGAAGAAGAACUUUAAGGAACUGUUCCACUUGUGGAGAAAAGACAGGGACAAGGAACGGAUUCGAACACGUCCAGUAAUCGGCAUUUAUCUACUGCAUUUUCGCGAUCCACGCCUUGAAUAUAGUUAUAUGCACCAGCCCGAUUACAUGCUAAAAUACAGUAUACUUUUAGCCUGGGUAUUUGGCCUCAAUCUGUGCUACAUACAAUAUGUCCAUGACAGCGGACUGGUCAAGAGUGGCGUGAUUGUGGACAUUUUUGUGAUGCUGAGCUUAACCGUUUUACUUUUGUUAACCUGGUAUAAGAAGCUCUGCUUUUUGCGAUAUUCAACUCAAGAUCACGAGUACUCCCGCAUAAGUUGCUGUCUAUUCCGAGUUGCGGAAAGUAUUCAGCGCAGUCUCAUCAAACGUAUCGGCAUCUACAUGUACACCAUAAUAUCUUACUUUUGCAUUAUAACCGUCAUGCUGAUGGACUGUGAUAAGGAGGAGUACGAGGUGGUGCAUAUUGAGAGCAAGCUGUACCAUUACGAGCCAGAUAUGAAUAUGUGCUUUCAUCCGUGGCUUCUAACCAACAUGGUGUGCCUCAUAAUUGGGAUGAGCCUAAUCUUUACACGCAUCCCCUUCAUGAUGAAAGUUGUGGUUAGCACAUUAGAGGCGAUCACCUAUAUGGUUAUUCUGUUCUUUCAGUUUGAGUAUAUAGUUCAUCAUAGUCUCACAACUAAUCCCUAUUUCGAAGCCGAAUAUGCGCACUGUUUGUUGGUCAUAAUUACUCUGCUGAGUCUAUAUUUCAAGGAGCGACAGACCGAGUUUAAUAACAAGAUCAACUACAAAUGGAGAGAGGAGCUGUUAAAGAAACAGCACGAUGCCUAUAUUGCGGAUCAGUCCAUCACUAUUCUAUUGCACAAUAUUUUGCCAGCCCAUGUCGCCAAUGUGUAUCUGACCUCGCUAGCCAAGCACGAGCUAUACUAUGAAGACUACGCAAUGGUGGCUGUCAUGUUCGCGUCCCUGCACAAUUUUGAAUUGGAUUUGCCCAACUUGCGGGUUCUCAACGAGAUCAUAUCCGAAUUUGACCGAAUCUUGUCAUAUUAUAGGGACGAUUAUCUAGUGGAAAAGAUCAAAAUUGUGGGCUGCACAUAUAUGGCAGCCUGUGGCCUAGAUUUGCGUUUCUCCUCAGUCAUAAGCCAACAGAGGUCUACACACGAAUCUGUUAUCCAGGAGGUCCUGCGUGCUCGUCGCUCAAUUUCGGUACUCCGCAAGGAUAACUAUGCGUCGAGCGAGAAAAAGGAGGAAGUGGUCUUCGUGCUAACCACCUUUGCGUUGGACCUGAUGCGCACCCUGUGGACGUGCAACAAUGAGUAUAGGAAUGUACCAGUGGAUCGUGAUGUAUUCACUGCUGAUAUGAGCAUUGGCAUAUCAAGCGGCGAGGUGAUGGCCGGCGUUGUGGGUGCCUCCCAGGUGCACUACGAUAUUUGGGGAAACGCGGUGAACAUGGCCUCACGUAUGGACUCCACGGGUCUCGCUGGGCAAAUCCAGGUGACCGAAGAGACCGCCGAAAUGCUGCGCAAAUAUGGCUUAGAGUGUAACUACCGCGGCAUGACUUUCGUCAAGGGGCGUGGCAUACUGCCAACCUACUUUGUGGGCAUCGACGAGAACUAUGAGUUCAAGUACAUUUAUGAGAGCGGUCGUCAGAAUCUGUCAGACGAUAGUGACAGCCAUGGAUCAUCCGAAAUUAAUGCGUGAUGAGAUUCGUUUUAUGCUCAUUUUGGAACGCAUUCUAUCCCUGUUGGGAAAUGUUGGUUCAAGGUGGUAAUAGCGAAAGUUUCAUUUUCACCCGAGCACAAAAUUAUUUUAUUUCUGAUCUUUCUCGUUAGAAUAACGGGUAAAUUUUAAUGCCACAAUUGGAAUGAAUUUCUAAUGGCUAAAAAUUGCAUGUAUUUUGUGGUAAGGAAGAAGAAAAUUGUAUGAUGAAAAUAAACU